GACAAGCUUCAAAGCUACCGCUACGAAAAGGAAUCGUUUAAUACUACUUCUAUAAAGCAUCACGCCAACACCGCACCCAUAUAGUCUCCGCAGCAGCAGCUGUCUGGAAAUCCGCUCUCUAAUGCCGCGAGACUCUGCAGGCUUCGUCGUGGCGGGCAUAAAUGUCAGGAAGGAUAUUUUCCCCCGCGAGUAGUCUCUCAAACGGUCCAUAAAUAGUUACACCCGCAAAUAUCGCUGCGGAAGUUGAAAGCACUGAACGCACGUAGGUGUAAUUUUAGGGUCUCCGGAUGUUUGUUCCGUCGGGCGAAAAUCAGUUUCACGCUUUCAUUACGCUGAGAACGUCGCAUGGUGCUAUAGGCUGAGAAGGUCUUUGGUUGCAAACUAGGCUUCAAUCAGACUCCCUACACAACCUCAAGAUCUUUCAGACACGAAUCAAUUUUGUCAAGGUCGGAAAAGUGAUCGUAGCAUGAGCAAUUUAAUCAUCUCGAUUUUUUUAUGGGAGAUUGCUUGCUUCUCUUGGAAUGUCGCCGGGUCACCAGUCCAUGUUUCCGAAGGCAAAGCCCCUCAUGAGUGCGGUCGGCGUCAACUGCCCGUCAGUGUUACGGAGAGAAUAUUGAACGGCACACCAGCGGACCCUGGAAACUGGCCAUGGAUGGUCAGCCUGUACGCGAAAGGAGACUUCGUAUGCGGGGGAACGCUCAUCAGCGACCAGCUCGUAUUGACGGCAGCACACUGUGUCUGGCACGUUAACAUCACGGACCUAACAGUUUGCUACGGAACAACAAAGAGGUGCAAGACCGACUAUUACGAAGAAGAGGUUAACACCAGUUCCCAGCAGAAUUCAUCCGGUGUAACAAGCGAGGCCGAAAUGGAGUGCGGAAACGUGGAACACAUAUGCGCCCCACGUGCACUGGGUAACUGCUCCGUUUUGCCGGUAGAUCUCACUAUUUUGAGGCUGAAGAAAACAGUGAAAUUCAACGAACUUACCCAGCCUAUUUGUCUUCCCGAAAAUUGUCAGGACGCACCUCCCAACGCAACCCUCUACAUAGCAGGAUGGGGCAUGAAUAUUGAGAACAUCAGUGAUAUUUACGAUGAUUAUACUGACGAGGAAGCAGACAACAAAACUGAAAGUGAAGCCGAUGAAUUCGAGGUCUCGACAUUUAGCAUGGAAAUUAACGACCGUAAUAGAUCUCACGAAGAGCUUGAAAGUGACGAAGACGAAACGGGAGAUAACAGGACGCAGUCGUCAGGAAACUUCGGAUUGAUCCCAACAAUACAAGACGACCUCUUGGAAACGCAAGUUAGCUACAUCUCGCAAGAUGAGUGUAGCAAAGAGGCGGAGGUAGCGAUCCCCAGCUAUAUGCGCUGCUCCGACCUGCAACCAGCCGGUGGCUCUCAGUUUUGGAACAAGCUCUGUUCCAGAAGAGAGCUAGAACGCAAAGUUUGGACCCCCAAGCCACGUACGAUUCGAGACGUUGAGAGCUAAAAUAGCUUUAGGGAGCCGUAAAACAGGCAAGAAACCAGG